AGAGAAAGCAAACCCUAGUCCCCGUCGUCGCCGCCGGCAACCCUUCGGAUCUGCGGCGAGCGCCACAGCGGUUAGAGCGAAUCCACCCAGGGGGAGUUGAAGCCCCUUUGUCUGGGAAUUUCGCGGGGAAGCAAGCGGUUGGUGGUGAAGGAGGCUAUGGGGUCGUCGUCGAAGGUGGUGCGGCCGGAGGAGGUGCUGGAGUCGCUGAAGAACGACGGCAGCAUCGACGCGCUCCGCAUGAAGAUCAUCGCCCAGCUCAAGGCCAACGAAGAUAUGAAGAAAAACACUAUGAUGAUGGUGGAGCAAAGCAAGGUACUGAAUACUCCUGGAGCUGAGAAAAAGACGAAGAGGGAGUUGUUUGAUGCACUUCGACAGGAACUGGAGACCCCAGUCCUUGAGAAAGCCUCCAAGGCAGUUUGGGAGCUGAUUCUAGACAAUGGUGGAUUAGGGAAAGAGAUAACUGAAACGGUUGAGAAAGUCUUCUGCCGGCUCAGUGGAAUCGACAUGAUGCCACCUCCGCCUUCGGGCGCUGGUGCUCAUCGAGAGAAAGAUGACAUGUCCUUCGAUGAAAAAUUUGUGAAGAGCAAGGAGGUGGAUGCCUUUGAACCAUCCUCAUCAAGGAAGAGACCUUUCAGCGACGUCAACCGAAAAGGUGCAGGUGCUUUACCUAAUGGCAGUGCUACAGACCAGCAUGAUGAGUCCGAGGAUAGUGAUCAGAAGAUAUGAUGCUCUGCUCUCUGCUCUAAUUUUUAGCUCAGGCUGAAGUAGCUUUGCUGCUUGAAUGAUAACAAGUCGAAUUGUGAUCCCUGCAUAUUCUAUGGCUGUAUGGUAUAUUGGCAAGUUAGACUUUUUCUGUUUAUACAAGUUCUGUGAGCAACUGCUAUAGGAUAUUUGAGUUUUCAAAUCUGCUGCUGUCUAUUUUCUUCUUAAUAUAGGAUAAAUUUGUUGACUAUU